GCUGGACCUGUGGAAGCUGAGGGGAGCCCUGCACUGGGAGGUCUAGGAGGGUCUGGGCCCUGAGCAGCUCAGCCUCAGCCCACCGGCUGCCCAGAUCUCAGGUGCCCCUGCCCACCAGCCCCCUGCGGGGCUGUGGGGCUUUGACGCACCAGCCAAUCUCCAAGGCAGCCUGGCUGAGCAGCAGGAGGCAGGCAGCCCCCCAUGGACCAUGAGGAUGGAGGGUGAGGAGGCACUGGAGGCCCCAGCGGGCUCUGAUACAGAGCCCCCAGAAUCACCAGCCCAGGAGGCCCCUGGGGAGCAGGAGGACUGGGAUGGGGACAAGGAUGGUGAUGGUACAUCAUGGAAGAAGCAGACGGUGAAUAUCCGCAAGACCUUCACCUUCAUGGAGGUGCUGGGCUCAGGGGCCUUCUCGGAGGUUUUCCUGGUGAGGCAGAGAGUAACAGGGAAGCUCUUCGCACUGAAAUGCAUCAAGAAGUCUCCGGCCUUCCGUGACAGCAACCUAGAGAACGAGAUCGCAGUGCUGAGGAGGAUCAAGCAUGAGAACAUCGUGACACUGGAGGACAUCUAUGAGAGCUCCACGCACUACUACUUGGUCAUGCAGCUGGUCUCGGGCGGGGAGCUCUUCGACCGAAUCCUGGAGCGGGGCGUGUACACGGAGCAUGACGCCAGCCUGGUGAUCCGCCAGGUGCUGUCGGCCGUCCAGUACCUUCACGAGAACGGCAUUGUGCACCGAGACCUGAAGCCUGAAAACCUGCUCUACCUCACCCCUGAGGAAAACUCCAGGAUCAUGAUCACGGAUUUCGGCCUGUCCAAGAUGGAGCAGAGCGGGGUCAUGUCCACCGCCUGUGGCACCCCUGGCUACGUGGCCCCGGAAGUGCUGGCCCAGAAGCCUUACAGCAAAGCCGUGGACUGCUGGUCCAUCGGGGUCAUCACCUACAUCCUGCUGUGUGGGUACCCGCCCUUCUACGAGGAGACCGAGUCCAAACUCUUCGAGAAAAUCAAGGAGGGCUACUACGAGUUUGAGUCACCUUUCUGGGAUGAUAUCUCUGAGUCAGCCAAAGAUUUCAUCUGCCACCUGCUGGAGAAGGACCCCGAGGAGCGCUUCACCUGUGACAAAGCUCUGCAGCACCCCUGGAUUGACGGUAACACAGCCCUGCUCCGGGACAUCUACCCAUCUGUCAGCCUGCAGAUCCAGAAAAACUUCGCCAAGAGCAAGUGGAGGCAAGCCUUCAACGCUGCAGCUGUGGUACACCACAUGCGGAAGCUUCAGCGGAACCUGCACAGUCCUGGCCCCCUGGAGCUGAAGGAACUGCCGCCCCCUAGUCCAGCCUCGGUGACAGGCCAGAGCUCCGCUGAGAUCUCCAUCCCACACAUUCCGGGCCCAGCCAGGAUGCCCUGCCCACGAAGCGGUCGCUCCCAUCGUGGCCGGUCUCUUGGCUGCCUGGUCAGCGGCUCAAUCCGCAUCAGCAGCAGCCUGGUGCCCAUGCAGCAUGGACCUCUGGGCACAGCACCCUGCGGCUGCUGCGCCAGCUGCCUGGGCAUGGGCAGCAAAGGCCAUUCAGCCUACGGCUCAGAGCCUGCACUCCUCCGGAGGACCAAGAAACAGAAUGUCAAGUCUGAGAUUGCAGGGCCUGUGAAGGCUGGUUCCCACUGCAGGACAGGGCCCGCAGGGGUCUGUGUGCUCAUGUGACCCGUGGGGUACGUCAGGUGAGGCUAAAGGGGCAGCCACUGGGGUCUGGAAGAUGGCAUGAG